CAUAAAAUUGAAGCUUACUAUACGUAAAAAAUGACGUCAGCUUUUGUUGGCUGUAUUGUCUCCCUUGAUUGUGGAGAGGUUCUUGGGACAUAUCAAGGGCAGGUAACUUGUAUCAACAACAGUUCCCAGGAACUCACUCUCAUUGAGGCUUUCAGGAAUGGCCUCAAAUGCCCAGUUUCGGAAAUAACUCUUAAUGCCUCAGAUAUCAAAGAACUAAAGAUUAUGAAGAAUCCUACUGAAGCCAUCUCAAUCACCAAUAAGCAGGCUACACCAUCCAAACUUUCUCCAGAAAAUAACAAUGAUGUGAUUGCUCCUUCUCCAGUUAAAAUUAUUGACAAGCCUGUAAGUGUUGUUCUGUCUGAGAGACAGUUUAGUGAAUCGUGCAGUGUACGGAAUGGCAACAAUAGAGGGAGCCAGGAGAGCAAUGGAAACGGUAACAUGAGAAGAAGUGGCAGUGCUCCCAGAAUGACCAAUAGAAAUGGGAAUAACUCCCCUAUCAAUGGGAUCAAUCGAUACACACCAACCAAUGGGAAUGGUUGCAAUAGGUACACACCUCCAUGUGAAAAUGGCAGCAGAUAUAUAAAGUACACACCCACCAAGGAGGAACAAAGAACAAGGAGAAACUCCACUUCCGAAACAAGGGUCAGAAAUUCAUCAGCAGCUAAGAAAAUAGAAUUCCGUCACCGAGGUCCCUCACAGGGCAGGGAGGAUUGCUUUAGUGCCCCCUCUGAGUCCUAUUUACAGGACUUUGACUUUGAGAAAAAUCUUGCUUUGUUUGACAAAAAAGCUGUAUUUGAAGAGAUCGAGAGUGCCAAUCCUGAACUUACCAAAGUGGUUGAGACAAAGAAACCACAGAAGUAUAGGUGUGACGAGAAUGUCCUUCAGUCCGCACCUGUUGUGUAUCAACAAAUUAAAGUACCAAAGGCUAUUCCAUCAAAUAAUUCUUUUGUAACUGAUUCUGGUUUAGUAGUUCCCAGUAUAUCAUAUGAGUGGAGGAAAAAACUGUUUGAGACAGCAGAGAAACUGGGAUUUAAGAGAGAGCGGCAGAUCGAAAUGGUUGGACGAUCGGCAUGUGAGAUGGUGCUACAACUUCUAGGAGGCUCCACUAGAUUGAAUCCACAAAAUGGUCAUCAGUUGCCCACAGUGAUGGUUCUUUGUGGCCCUCACCUACAGGGGGCAUAUGGGGUCAACUGUGCCAGGCAGCUGUCCAAUCACAAUGUCAAAGUUCAAGUUUUCAUGCCAGGUCAUGUGAAGGUCCCUGCCUAUAUGGAGGAUGAAUUGACUCUGUUUGACUCCUCUGAGGGAAAAAGGACUGCUAGUCUUAAAGACUUACCAUCAAGUGCUGUGGAUAUCAUUAUCAAUGCCAUGGACACACAUGAAAAUACUCAAUACAAGCAGCAAGGCUGGUUCAUUGCCUCCACAGAGUGGGCCAAUCACAACAGAGCACCAGUUCUCUCCAUUGAUCCACCAGCCAAUGGUGCAAGUGUGCAGUCCAAGUGGAGUAUCUGUAUCUGCCUUCCACUCACCGGAAAAGAAGGCAACUCAUCUCAAGUGUACUUAUGUGACUUAGGCUUUCCUAAGAAGGUGUUCACUGAUCAUGGCAUUAAGUAUAUUUCCCCUUUCAGUCACAAAUUCAUAAUUCCUCUCCAUUCCCAAUCCUAGUCAUUUAAAUGUUUUUACCUUCUGUGUUUUAUGGCAAAUGUUGUAUUCAUUUUUCUGGAUGCAAAAGUUUACAUGACAUUGAACAGUAUUGCGAGAUUGUUUUGAAAAUGCAUUCCAUAAUCAGAUACUUUUACUUUAAUUCGCAUUGUAUGUUUUUGUGUGAAAAUAUUCCAUUUGGAAGUGCUACUAUGAAACCAAGACUGCCAAAAUGUACAAUGAUUCUAUGUGUUCAUAGCUAGUUAUCUGUGAUGUUAAAAGUAUGUUGUUUGCUGUAUGUUUAUUUUGCCCUUUUUUUCACAAAAUCAUAAUUUCUUUACAACAUUGUGGAAAAGAAUUUUACUUUUUAAGUAAAAAAUAUGCUCUUAAAGCCAUAGUUAUGUCCAGAUUUUUUUCGAUGGGAAU